AUGCGUUUCGACACACUCGCCUCGGUCGCGACCUUGAUCGUGUCAGCAUCAGCCCAUUCGACGUUCCAGCAGCUAUGGAUUAAUGGCGUCGAUGCCGGGUCGUCGUGCCUGCGCACGGCAGCAAACAACAACCCCAUCGGCACAAGUGGCGGGGACCUCGCUUGCAAUGUACACUCCAGGAGCCCCAACGUAUGCACGAUCAAACCCGGAGAUAAGGUUACCGUUGAGAUGCAUCAACAGCCAGGACAGCGCUCCUGCGCAAAUGAGGGGAUUGGAGGGAAUCACUUCGGUCCCGUGCUUGUGUACAUGGCGUCGGUCUCAGACGCGACGACGGCAGACGCGCGCAGCGCCGGCUGGUUCAAGGUCUCUGAACUUGGUCUUGUGUCAAGGAACCCGCAGUACUUCGGGUCGCAGGUGCUUAACGACAACUGUGGACAUUAUACUUUCACUGUGCCAGACAUCGCUCCAGGCAACUACCUCAUCCGCGCAGAAGUGAUUGCCCUCCAUGUCGCUAGUGGCUCUGGAGGCGCUCAGCACUACCCCGCAUGCUUCCAAGUCAAUGUCGCUGGAUCAGGAACAGCCAGGCCACCCACCGUUAGAUUCCCAGGCGCCUACAGUAACAGCGACCCUGGAAUUCUCAUUAACAUCUACCAAUCUCUCUCGACCUAUAGGGUUCCUGGACCCACACCUUACGGCUACGUGGCGCCUACGAUCGCCAACACCGCGUACCCUAGGACCCCGACUUGGAACACGGCGCUUCAACCUGCAGCUGUGCCGAUGACUACCCCCGCACCUGGUGCGACAGGGAUCGCCGGCGGCGCUUAA